UACAGUAGAGUCACUGUCACUCGAGUCUCCGCCACCGAAGACAAGCAGUGGUCAAUAACGCGAACGCGUACUUCCAACGCAUACUAAUAUACUGACACCAGUCACGCCUCCACAUUAACCUCCAUCAUCAUCUCCUGACGAGCAUCCUUUGCAGCCUCUCCUCACUCAUCGCCUCUCAUCCUCUUGGACAACAGCGUGAUGGAGAUCUGCUGCUCCUCUCGCACCCUUGAUCUACCGAGCCUCGACCCACCGGGUACUAAGCGCAAGGUCCGCCAGCCAUUCGCGUACACCAAAGUCAAACCGAGAUAUGAUCAGGUCAAAGGCUAUUUGGCCACCGCGGAACCGUUCCUUACCUUGCCCCGCCUCCUCGUCCCCUCCCGCAGAGUCAAGUACAAGCCACCUCUCAUGCACUACGGGUGGCGAGUCUCUCGAUACUUGCUCCUCGACUAUGCACGGGCGAAUAGGCUUACAAGGAGAUGGGGUCGUGACCUCACCAACUACGAAUGCAUGGAUCGAGCUUUGGCUACCAUCAACAAAAAAUGUGGCGCCUCCAUGUCAGACGUCAUCCUUCAAGUGCAGACAACCCUGUUAGAUGGCAUCCAACCGAGGACCUUCGUCGUUUCGUUGUAUACCAACUACGAACUGAAACGGAUCGAUCUUCCGUCGCAAGACGGCAUCGAGCGGUUGCAACGAGCCUCGAACUUCGAAGAGCCUCCGAGGUGGUUCCUAGACGGCCUAGAGUGGCGUUGGUCACGCUGGUCAUAUUGAGGAGACGGAUGAAUCAUCCUCCCAUGCACCUCCGCGAUACCUCUGUCGGGAUAGCUGCUUGGCGCAGACACACUGUACUAUACCUCACGACUAUCUCAUCGUUCUCCUGUGCUCCAAAGGAGAACUUGAAUUUUCUUCCUGUUCCACUGUACUGAAUGCAAACUCCAUCGACCGUUUGCCUGCACAAGAUCUAAGCCGAGACAUGAGCAGAUUCGCCCUUGCAUCAUUUCACAAAUGCGACGUACAGGCGCAAUGCACGGAGGUACGGGCGGAGGAAGGUCUCACUUCAAGUCACUUUCGAUUUGUGCUUUCCCACCUCUUGAAUGAAUCACGGUCGUUCCUACCUUACCGAAACUCUUGCUCGUUCAGUGCGU